AUGUAUUUACAAACAUAAAUUUUAUUAAUAAAAAACUCAAUAAAUUAAAUUUAAAUAUUUAUUAUUUAAAUAAAAAUAUAAUAAAAGUAAAAAUAUUAAAAUUUGAUAAAUUAAAAUUAUUAUUAUUUAUUACUUUAAUAAAAAAUUAUAUAUUAUUAUUAAAAAAAAAAUAAUAUAAAAUAUAAUAAAUAAAAAAUAAAUAUAAAUAUAUAUAUAUAUAUAUAUAUAUUUGAAUUAUUUAUAUAUAAAUUAUAUUAUAAUAAUAGUUUUAUAAUAUAUAAAUUCUUUAUUAUUUUCAAUCUUAAAUUCAUUUAAAAUAAUAUAUAAUUAAAAUUAAUAUAUUUUAAAUUUUUUAUUAUUUAUUUUUUCUUUUAAUUUUCUUUUUAUUAUUUUUAUACUUAUUUCCUUAUAUCCAUUUUUAUAUUAGAUAUUUACAUUUAUUAGGAUAAAUAUAUUUUUUUUUAAUAUUUAAAAAUAAAUAAUAUAUUUAUUUUUUUCAUUUAUUUAGAGUUAAAAAAAUAAGAUAAUUAAACAAAACAAAAUUAUAAAGUAAAACAAUAAAAUGUAUUAAUUAAAAAAUAAAAUUAACUAAAUAUAAUAUAUUUUAUAUAUGUAAUAUAGGGUAAAAAUUAUUUCAGAAGAACUACAAUAAUAAAUCAUAAAUGGUUAAUAUAUAAAUUUUUCAAUACAUAGCAUUAUUCAAAUAAAUUUUUUUAAAAAAUAGGUGGUUUUUUAGAUUGUAAAGAUUUUCAUGACGGUACAUGCCUAUAAGAAGCAUUAAUAAGAUUUUGUACCGUAGUAAAAAAUUCAUAUAAAUAUUAUAUUCCAAUACAUUUAAUUCCUUUAUUAAUUUUUAAACGUAAAAAACUAAUGAAAGAACCAAUAAAAACUAUAUCUUAAACAUUAUAUAAUUAUUUAAUAUCUCUUUGUUUUAUGGGAAGUUAUGUAGCUAUUUUAAAAUAUAUGCUUUGUAAAUCAAAAAACUUUAGAAGAAAAAUUGAUGGAUGGAAUCCUGCUAUAGCAGCGUUUAUAGCUGGAUUUUCAGUCACUUUGGAACCUGAAGGAAGACGUUCUGAAAUUGCAUUAUUUAUUAUGCCUAGAUUUUUCGAAACUUUAUGGAAUUAUUUAAAAAGAAGAAACAUAGUAAGACCUAUCCCAGGAGGAGAAUUACUUGUUUUUGCAUUUGCUAUGGGAAUUAUUAAUUAUUUUUAUUAAAUGGAAGUAAUAUUGAUAAUAUUUUUGAAAAAAUAUAUAAUAUUAAAUAAAUUAAAAAAAAAGGAAAAUGCGAUUAAACCAACUUAUCUGGCACUUUUUAAAAGAUUUUGGGGAGUAAAUUGA